AAAUUGUCAUUAUAUUUGUGGUUUACAUUAUUUACAUUAAUAUUACCUCUAUUUAAUUGUGCAAAUGAAACGAAAGCCGGUGAAAGUGGAUGUUUCAGUGUUUGUGCUUAACAUUCGGUCCAUCAAAGAGACAGAACUUACAUAUGUCGCGGACAUAUUCUAUCACCAGUACUGGACUGACUACAGACUACAAGCGCUUCACACAAACGAUUCCCAAAACAUAGUUUUGGAUAAUUCCUGGAAGAAGAAGCUCUGGAUUCCGGACUCGUAUUUCAAGAAUGCAUUGGACGGACGCGUGCCUGACAUCAUAUUCCCCACACAGUAUUUCGUAAUCACUAAUACGACCACAGUUUUUAUGGCCUCGAGGACUCAAUACAAUGUAACCGACUUUUCGUCAGAAGGCUUAAUAAAGAAAUACGCCAUUGGCAACUUCUCAAUGCUUAGGGGCCGUAUUGUACUGACCCGUCAAUUGGGACUUUAUAUACUCAAGAAUUAUAUCCCAAGCGCUCUGAUUGUGAUCAUGUCAUUUGUUGGCUUCUGGAUUCCCAUAUCGGCCUAUCCGGCCAGAGUUGCACUCGUCAUAACAGCUCUGUUGGCUCUCAUAACACAACAGUAUCAGAGCUCUCAAGUGAACGUAUCGUAUAUAAUAGCGAUUAACGUUUGGAUGAUUACAUGCAUUGCGUUUGUAUUCCUGGCGCUCAUUGAAUACGCGUUUGCGAUCACAUAUCACGACAACAUUACGGCUAAAGCCAAUAAAAUUAAGGCAGAAAAUCAUAAUCAUAAUACGGCGGAAGCGAAGGAGAAUUCAACAGUGAAUCCAAAAUGGUUUAAAGUCUAUGCAAUCACUGGCUUUAACGCCAGAGCCAACAGAAUAGACAUGAUUUCUCGAUACCUCUUUCCUUCGGGUUUUAUUACUAAUGACGAGUAUAUGUGGUCUUAUAACCAACUAAUUGUCGGACAGACUAACACACCGUUGAAUCAAACGGACAUCUUUGGACAUCAAGUGGUGAGUUCGGUGUUCAUCAGCGAAGUGCCCGAAUGUGCGAACAAUUCAGUCAAUUCUUGCGCCGAUUAUAAAAAAGCUCUGAAUAUGUCUUUUAUGAUUGUUCACUAUACGGCACCCUAUAUUCGCCGCUACGUAAACUAUAAACCGGUGUGUAAUAUAGUUUACAACGGAUACGAAAACACUUCAGCCCUUGUCUACAGUGAUAUACGAGACAAGAAUUGGUGGAAACAUUUAAAGAUUAGUUUCCUUAGAAGUGAUGUAUUCUUCAACGAUUGUUUAAAGAGAAAUCAGACCAACAAUGAUGCCAUUGAUGAUCAGCUGGAAGUGAUCGGAGAAUAG